AUGCAUCCCGCCCACGCGUUUCACCGUGAGGCACGCCCCCGCACGGCCCUCGUGUGUCUCGUCGCCCUGCUGCUUCUUCACGGCCCCUCCGCUGCGGCGGGGUUCGGGACGAAGAUCGACGCAGGCGAUCGCGAGUGUUUUGCCGAGACCCUCUCGGCGGGUGGGUCUCUCGCGCUUACGUUCCGCGUGACGGACGGCGGCUCCUUCGACGUGGACGCCGUCAUGUACGCCACGACGGUGGCCCCGCUGGACGACGUGGAGCAGACGACGCGCAUCCACUACAGCGAGCUCCUCAUGGCGCGGCGCGAGAACACGACGACGGCCGUCGUGAACGCGUGGAGGCGGGCGAGCGCGGGCAGCCAGACGUACACGGCCCCCGCCGCGGCGGAGACGAAGCACGGGCUGCCGGCGGAGGUCACGGUGUGCUUCGACAACUCCUUUUCCCGGGUCUCGCCGAAGUGGCUGCUGUUUCAGUUCCUGAAGCGCGACGUGCUCGAGGUGGACCCCACGAGCACCACCCGCGCGGAGGCGGAGAUCGAGAAGACGCUGCACAGGCACGGCACGGUGCUCUUCGAGCUGGCCACCGUGGCGGAGCGGAUGCGGCAGGUGGGGGAGGCGGACCGCGUGCGCUACGCGUCCCUCGCCCACAUCAUCAUGGCCGGCCUGGUGGGGAACAUUGUCAUCCUGGCCCUCAUGGCGGCCUACCAGUACGUGACACUCACCCGCUUCCUCACCCGCCGCCGCGCAAAGUAG